ACAAUGCAUAGGGCGGCGGCGGCGGCGGCUGCACCGCGCGCCGCUGAGGAGACAGAGGAGGCUACCGAGACCAGGCCUCUGAGGAGGCGAAGCGGCUGAGGAAACUGAGGGAGACGGGGGGCUGAGGACGCGAGGCUGCUGAGGAGACCGCCACGGCUGUGUGUGCGGAGCAGGCGGCUGGGGAGACUGAGGCGGGACGCGGCUGCUACCCGGAGCCCACGAGCACGCGCCUCGGGCUCACGCGGCCGGUGAACCCCGGAGGUGAUGACUGUCAGGCUCCCGCCCGCCGCUAGCGCCUGACGCGCCCCGCCCCGCCCGGGCCCGCCCGCCAGCUUGGCCCGCCCUGCCCGGCCGGGCCCUUCCCCUGCUCCCCGCCCGCCGCCGUUUCACCCGCGCGGGCGGCCGCCACGCGAGCUGCGGCCUCCGCCCAGGCGGGGGGCGUCGGCGCUGGGCCCGCCAUGGCCGCGUCCGAGCUCUACACCAAGUUUGCCCGGGUUUGGAUACCUGAUCCUGAGGAAGUGUGGAAAUCAGCUGAGUUGCUCAAGGACUAUAAACCUGGAGAUAAGGUGCUCCUGCUUCACCUUGAGGAAGGGAAGGAUUUGGAAUACCGUCUAGAUCCAAAGACCAGCGAGCUCCCUCACCUACGGAACCCUGACAUACUUGUUGGAGAAAAUGACCUCACAGCCCUCAGCUACCUUCACGAGCCUGCUGUGCUGCACAAUCUCCGCGUCCGCUUCAUCGACUCCAAACUCAUUUAUACGUAUUGUGGGAUAGUCCUGGUAGCUAUAAAUCCCUAUGAGCAGCUGCCUAUCUAUGGAGAAGAUAUCAUUAAUGCAUACAGUGGCCAGAACAUGGGUGACAUGGACCCUCACAUCUUUGCAGUAGCUGAAGAGGCCUAUAAACAAAUGGCAAGGGACGAACGAAAUCAGUCCAUCAUUGUAAGUGGAGAGUCAGGUGCAGGGAAGACAGUCUCGGCUAAGUAUGCCAUGAGGUACUUCGCAACUGUAAGUGGCUCUGCCAGUGAGGCCAAUGUUGAGGAAAAGGUCUUGGCCUCCAACCCCAUCAUGGAGUCAAUUGGAAAUGCUAAAACAACCAGGAAUGAUAAUAGCAGCCGGUUUGGGAAAUAUAUUGAAAUUGGUUUUGACAAGAGAUAUCGAAUCAUCGGUGCCAAUAUGAGAACUUACCUUUUAGAGAAAUCCAGAGUGGUGUUCCAGGCAGAAGAGGAGAGAAACUACCAUAUCUUCUAUCAGCUCUGUGCUUCGGCAAAGCUACCUGAGUUUAAGAUGCUGCGGUUAGGAAAUGCAGAUAGUUUCCAUUACACGAAGCAAGGAGGCAGCCCUAUGAUAGAAGGAGUGGACGAUGCGAAGGAGAUGGCACACACCAGGCAGGCCUGCACUCUGCUGGGAAUUAGUGAAUCUUACCAAAUGGGAAUUUUUCGGAUACUUGCUGGCAUUCUUCACUUAGGCAAUGUUGGGUUUGCGUCUCGAGAUUCAGACAGCUGCACAAUACCUCCCAAGCACGAGCCUCUUAUCAUUUUCUGUGAUCUUAUGGGUGUGGAUUAUGAAGAGAUGUGUCACUGGCUCUGCCACCGAAAGCUAGCUACCGCCACAGAGACGUACAUCAAGCCCAUCUCCAAGCUGCAGGCCACAAAUGCCCGAGACGCUUUAGCAAAGCAUAUCUAUGCAAAGCUCUUUAACUGGAUUGUCGGCCAUGUCAAUCAGGCUCUCCAUUCAGCUGUCAAGCAGCACUCUUUCAUCGGCGUGCUGGACAUUUAUGGAUUUGAAACAUUUGAGAUAAAUAGUUUUGAACAGUUCUGCAUAAAUUAUGCAAAUGAAAAGCUACAGCAACAAUUCAACAUGCAUGUCUUCAAACUGGAACAGGAGGAGUACAUGAAGGAACAAAUUCCAUGGACACUCAUAGAUUUCUAUGAUAAUCAGCCUUGUAUCAAUCUUAUAGAAUCUAAACUGGGUAUUCUAGAUUUGCUGGAUGAGGAAUGUAAGAUGCCUAAAGGUACCGAUGACACAUGGGCCCAAAAACUAUACAACACACAUUUGAACAAAUGUGCUCUCUUUGAGAAGCCCCGCAUGUCAAACAAAGCUUUCAUCAUCAAACAUUUUGCUGACAAAGUGGAGUACCAGUGUGAAGGUUUUCUUGAAAAGAAUAAAGACACUGUUUUUGAAGAACAAAUUAAAGUCCUUAAGUCAAGCAAGUUUAAGAUGCUACCAGAACUAUUUCAAGAUGACGAGAAGGCCAUCAGUCCCACCUCUGCCACUUCCUCAGGACGCACACCUCUCACACGGGUACCUGUAAAGCCCACCAAGGGUCGACCUGGCCAGACUGCCAAAGAGCACAAGAAGACAGUGGGACUUCAGUUUCGAAACUCCCUUCACCUGCUUAUGGAAACCCUUAACGCCACUACUCCUCACUAUGUUCGCUGUAUUAAGCCCAAUGAUUUCAAGUUUCCAUUCACAUUUGAUGAGAAGAGAGCAGUACAGCAGCUAAGAGCAUGUGGUGUCCUGGAGACCAUCCGGAUCAGCGCAGCAGGGUUUCCCUCAAGGUGGACUUAUCAAGAGUUUUUCAGCCGGUACCGGGUCCUAAUGAAGCAAAAGGAUGUGCUGGGAGAUAGAAAGCAAACAUGCCAGAAUGUAUUAGAGAAACUGAUACUGGACAAGGAUAAAUACCAGUUUGGUAAGACAAAGAUCUUUUUUCGUGCUGGUCAAGUGGCCUAUCUAGAAAAAUUGAGGGCUGACAAACUGAGGGCGGCCUGCAUCCGGAUCCAGAAGACGAUUCGUGGGUGGCUGCUGAGGAAGAGAUACCUGUGUAUGCAGAGGGCAGCCAUCACAGUGCAGCGAUACGUGCGUGGCUAUCAGGCUCGAUGCUAUGCUAAGUUUCUGCGCAGAACCAAGGCAGCAACCACCAUUCAGAAGUACUGGCGCAUGUAUGUGGUCCGCAGGAAGUACAAGAUUAGACGAGCUGCCACCAUUGUUCUUCAGUCUUAUUUGAGAGGCUACUUGGCAAGAAAUAGGUAUCGCAAGAUACUCCGUGAGCACAAAGCAGUCAUCAUUCAGAAACGUGUCCGUGGCUGGCUGGCUCGUACACAUUAUAAGAGGACCAUGAAAGCCAUCAUCUACCUUCAAUGCUGCUUCCGGCGGAUGAUGGCCAAGCGUGAGCUGAAGAAACUCAAAAUUGAGGCUCGCUCUGUGGAACGCUACAAGAAGCUCCAUAUUGGCAUGGAAAACAAGAUUAUGCAGCUGCAACGCAAAGUGGAUGAGCAGAAUAAAGACUACAAAUGCCUCAUGGAGAAACUGACCAAUCUAGAAGGAGUAUACAACUCUGAGACUGAAAAACUACGAAAUGAUGUAGAACGUCUUCAGCUAAGCGAGGAGGAAGCUAAGGUUGCCACUGGGAGAGUGCUUAGUCUGCAGGAAGAAAUUGCAAAACUCCGAAAAGACCUGGAACAAACUCGAUCGGAGAAAAAGUCCAUUGAAGAACGAGCAGAUAAAUACAAACAAGAAACUGAGCAGCUGGUGUCAAACUUGAAGGAAGAAAACACUCUGCUGAAGCAGGAAAAGGAGACCCUCAAUCACCUCAUGGUGGAGCAGGCUAAGGAGAUGACAGAAACUAUGGAGAGGAAGUUAGUAGAAGAAACAAAACAACUGGAGCUCGACCUGAAUGAUGAGAGGCUGAGGUAUCAGAACCUCCUGAAUGAGUUCAGUCGUCUGGAGGAGCGCUAUGACGACCUCAAGGAAGAGAUGACCCUGAUGCUGAAUGUGCCUAAGCCAGGACACAAGAGAACAGACUCUACCCACAGCAGCAAUGAGUCUGAAUACACCUUCAGCUCAGAAUUUGCAGAAACUGAAGACAUUGCACCAAGGACAGAGGAGCCAACUGAGAAGAAGGUGCCUCUGGAUAUGUCAUUGUUCCUUAAGCUCCAGAAGCGUGUCACAGAGCUGGAACAGGAGAAGCAGUUGAUGCAGGAUGAGCUGGACCGAAAGGAGGAGCAGGUGUUGCGCAGCAAGGCAAAGGAAGAAGAAAGACCACAGAUUAGAGGUGCUGAACUGGAAUAUGAGUCCCUCAAGCGUCAGGAACUGGAGUCAGAAAACAAAAAGCUGAAGAAUGAGCUGAAUGAGCUACGCAAAGCCCUGAGUGAGAAGAGUGCCCCCGAAGUGACUGCGCCAGGCGCGCCCGCUUACCGCGUCCUCAUGGAGCAGCUGACGGCCGUGAGCGAGGAGCUCGAUGUCCGCAAGGAGGAAGUCCUCAUCUUAAGGUCUCAGCUGGUGAGCCAGAAAGAAGCCAUCCAACCCAAGAAUACAAUGACAGAUUCCACAAUACUUUUGGAAGAUGUACAGAAAAUGAAAGACAAAGGUGAAAUAGCACAAGCAUAUAUUGGUUUGAAAGAAACGAACAGAUCAUCUGCUAUGGAUUACCAGGAGUUGAAUGAGGAUGGAGAACUCUGGCUGGUUUAUGAAGGGUUAAAACAAGCCAACAGGCUCUUAGAAUCCCAGCUACAGUCGCAGAAGAGGAGCCAUGAAAAUGAGGCUGAGGCCCUCCGUGGGGAGAUCCAGAGCCUAAAGGAAGAAAACAACCGGCAACAGCAGCUGCUGGCCCAGAACCUGCAGCUGCCCCCUGAGGCCCGCAUUGAGGCCAGCCUGCAGCAUGAGAUCACCCGGCUGACCAAUGAAAACCUGUAUUUUGAGGAAUUAUAUGCAGAUGACCCUAAGAAGUAUCAAUCCUAUCGGAUUUCACUUUACAAAAGGAUGAUUGAUCUGAUGGAACAACUUGAAAAGCAGGAUAAAACCGUCCGGAAACUGAAGAAACAACUAAAAGUCUUUGCCAAAAAAAUCGGUGAACUAGAAGUGGGGCAGAUGGAGAACAUAUCCCCAGGACAGAUCAUCGAUGAGCCUAUCCGGCCGGUCAACAUUCCCCGGAAAGAAAAGGAUUUCCAAGGGAUGCUGGAGUACAAGCGGGAGGACGAACAGAAGCUUGUUAAGAACCUGAUUCUAGAACUAAAGCCACGUGGUGUGGCUGUCAAUCUGAUUCCAGGGUUACCGGCAUAUAUCUUGUUUAUGUGUGUGCGACAUGCCGACUACCUGAACGAUGAUCAGAAAGUAAGAUCAUUGCUGACAUCAACAAUUAACAGCAUCAAAAAAGUCCUGAAGAAAAGAGGUGACGAUUUUGAAACUGUCUCCUUCUGGCUCUCUAACACAUGUCGAUUUUUGCACUGUUUGAAGCAAUAUAGUGGAGAAGAGGGCUUCAUGAAACACAACACGUCUCGCCAGAAUGAACACUGCCUCACCAAUUUUGACCUUGCUGAGUAUCGGCAAGUACUGAGUGACUUGGCCAUUCAGAUCUAUCAGCAGCUUGUGAGGGUGUUAGAGAACAUUCUUCAGCCAAUGAUAGUCUCAGGCAUGCUAGAGCAUGAAACAAUUCAGGGAGUAUCUGGGGUGAAGCCCACAGGACUCAGAAAGCGAACCUCCAGUAUCGCCGAUGAGGGCACCUACACACUGGACUCCAUCCUGCGGCAGCUCAACUCCUUCCAUUCCGUCAUGUGUCAGCAUGGCAUGGACCCAGAGCUAAUCAAGCAGGUGGUCAAGCAGAUGUUCUACAUCGUGGGCGCCAUCACCCUGAACAACCUCCUGCUGCGCAAGGACAUGUGCUCCUGGAGCAAAGGCAUGCAGAUACGGUACAAUGUCAGUCAAUUGGAAGAAUGGCUACGUGACAAGAAUCUAAUGAACAGUGGGGCAAAAGAGACUCUGGAACCUCUUAUCCAGGCUGCUCAGCUUUUGCAAGUGAAAAAGAAAACUGACGAUGACGCGGAAGCCAUCUGCUCCAUGUGCAACGCUCUGACCACAGCCCAGAUCGUCAAAGUGUUGAAUCUGUACACACCCGUUAAUGAGUUUGAGGAAAGGGUCUCUGUUUCAUUUAUCCGCACUAUACAGGUGCGGUUACGAGACAGGAAAGACUCUCCACAGCUGCUCAUGGAUGCAAAACACAUCUUUCCUGUCACUUUCCCCUUUAACCCAUCCUCCCUGGCCCUAGAAACCAUCCAGAUUCCAGCCAGCCUGGGCCUGGGCUUCAUUGCAAGGGUCUGAAGGGCUACCCAAGCAAAUGUAGAGAACGCAUUUCUCCUCAAAACAUGAACAGUUGUUUCCAGUGAGCUACUGAAAAUACAUUUUUAAAGAAAAAAAAAUACUGAUUAUCUCUAGAAGAAGAUGCUAACUGGAAUUCCCCCCCAGAAUCCUUUCAAUUGUGAAGACGCUCCUUGUACUGUUACCUUUAAAGCAACAUUCAUUCUCUAUCAGUUGGGAACCCUGAGUUUACAUACAGCUGAAUGGUGGCAGGGAAGAGUGAAAGAAAAGAUGAAAGGGGCUUGUCUUCAGCUGACAGCAUUUAGUUUAAGUCUUUAGUGCUGCAUUUAAGUACAAUCCCAUAUGUCUGAACUGUUGUGAACAAGGCACAAAGAACUGAAGAAAAUCACUGAAUACAUAUCAUAGCAGUUUAGGAGCCAAUCAUGGUAAUAUUGUCAAACUGGAUCAAAAAAAAUAAACUGGCAACAUUAAAGUAACUGGCCAAGUAACUUCCUUAUCUGUCAGUACGGCAUAGCCAUGUGAAAGACAUUGUUGCUAGGCAGCGUAGAUGCCGGUUUGUACUGUAGCUUACUGAGCAUCUUAAAUGGCUGCUGUGUGCUGUCUCCUGACGUAAGUGAUAGUCUUAUUAGGCACUACAAAAUAAGCUUCUCUUUCAUCAGCUCUGUUUACAAUUCAACCAGACCAGUUCUAACUGGAUUAUAUGCAAUUAUCCACAGGUUCAUCGGCUCGAGUAGCAGACACUGGGGAAGUAGAGUUAGGCAGAGUGGCUGUUGAUGUCAUUGCUGAUCAGGAGGUAUUACAUUGAUAAGUCACCCGUGCGGAUCGCACAUCAUGCUUAGUGCUGUGUGAAGUUGCUUGUUUUCAGUUCCGAAAUCUGAUUCUUGCCAGGCAUAGAUUCAACCUUGACAAGUUUUCUUCUUAAUUUAUUAAGUGUUAGUUUCAGUCACUAUCUAGAAAGGACUAUCAGAAUAUUUAUGAUUAAGAUCUUGAAACUGAUUAUCCUAUAAGUUAUUCAAAAUAGGCAUAUAAAUAAAUCAUUAUAAUUCAGAGGGUUUAGGUGUUGCAACCUCUAUAAAUGUUCUCAGAUACCACUGGAUACUUUAAAAACAUCAUAUUAUAAAUACAUUAAGAAGAUUUAUGUAAGAAAUAUAAGAUUAUUAAAUUUUAUAGAGGAUUUGGUUCAGUAAGACCCAGAUUCUGUAUGUUUUCAUUAUGAAAUUCUAAUUAAGCAUAAUCUCCAUUUUUUUCUGGAACUCUUAUAUAAUAAAUCCUUUGGGUUUUGCAAGAGCAAAUUCUUAGCUUUCGUUCCUUUGGCUGCUAAUUGCAAUCAUCGAUUUGUAUGGUUUACUGUAAGGUGGUUGGUCUGAAACAGUGGCAUUUAAAUAUGUGCAAUAUUAUUCCUGAGAGCUAAACGGUUUCAAGUCAGUGAUAAAUACUGUUAGUAAACGGAAGUUAUUGUUCAUUAUCUUACUGGAGUUUAUAAACUUUCCUUGUUUAUAAAGUAAGAGGGUUGGACAACUGGUUGUUCCAGCCACUUCCCUGUUUACAGUUCACGCAUGCGGGGUUUCUAGAGAAAGGGGUCACAGUUACUCUGUCCUGUUGUAAAGACCAAUGUUUAGUGCCUGUCAGUUCCCUAGGGUUAGUACACUAAGUCACGAGUUUAUGUAACCACAAUCUUUUCUUAACAUACAUCAUUUAGGUCUUUUAGAACACCCUAAUUAUUUGUAUUAUUUGAAAGUUACUUAGUUUAAGUAACUUUUGUUACAGGAUAAACUUUUUGUUUGUUUGUUUGUUUGUUUGUUUGUUUGUUUGUUUAGGGAAUUUUGUUUUCUGCAGUGCUGGGAAUUACACCCAAGGCCUCUUGUGUGUUAAAUCAGUACUCUACCACUGAGUGAGUCUCAACUCCUAUUCAGUUCCAGUGCAUUGAUUUAUUUGCAGAACCUACAACACUACUCAACGUCUUCAGUUUUCCUGGGUUCUCAGUAUUGUUGCAGUGAACAGUUAAGCCAUCUCACUAGUACUGAGUCAGACAGCAUAGAGGUAGUGGGUGGAAGAACUUGCUAAGCAAACAGAGCCUUGUGUAGGCUGUCUUCCCUCACUCAGCCCUGGCAGGACGCCCACACCCUGCUCCCAGCUUAGUCCUGAGUGGGAAGCUGAUGCACACCCCGAGUCUUGUCUUCAGGACCAGGCUGUCAUGCUCUGUCCCUGAAACCCCAUUUCCCUACUUCAGACAUUUGUGCCCUACAGUUUCUAGCACUUUCUCUCAUUUUUCUCUGUUGUCAAAGCUGGGGCUCCUGUUCUACAGCUGCUCCCAUUUUGUGGUUCUCGGGUUUCAGUGACAAUGGUUCAGAGUCGCUGUGAUUCCAAGCUUCAACUCUUUCAAGCUAUCGGAACCCAGAUAGUGAUUGUCUGCACUGCUUUGUUAAGGAGAGAGGCACCAGGCUUGUGCUCACCCCCACUCUGUCAUCCAUACUCUCCUAGCUUCAAACACACACCCAGCCUUCCCCCUACCUGUCCCAUCCGGCACCUCCCUAAUCUUACCAGCCUGAUGGGUUUCUGUGGCCCUGGCUGGCAUGCGUGGGACUCAUCAUCACUCCCGUCCUCACUUUUGUACUCCUUAACCUUACCACUAAUUGGCUUUCCCAUAAUUCCACUAUGAUAUGCUUGGACUACAAAGAAGGAGCUCUUGAAAGACACAACAGCACAGCAGUUCUUCCUUGCAGUAGCCCCUCCCAGCAGCCACCACUGACCUGCUGUAGCUUCACUCACUCCACAGUAAGGAUCCACAGUGAGGAAAGACGCCUUUUCUCUUCCCUUCCUGCCUCUUUUCUUAGCCCCAGGCUUGAAUCUGCCUUCGAGUAACUCAAAAUGAGGAAAAGAUCAACACAAAUCAAUCCGCACAAAGGACAACUUGUGGUUCCUUUGGAACUUUGAACAUUCCAUACUACCUGGCACUACUUUGGAAAGCAAAUGUACAGACAGAACUGUAAUCCAGAGCCAAGUGAUAGGGGAUGUCAGUCUGUGCCAGUUUAGAUUGCCUGAUUUGUUACUGAUUCACUUCAGUAGCUAAAGAGAGACUCCUUAUGGGUGAGCAGGUGUAGGUCAUGCGCAUAUUCCUUAAUGGUGUAUACAGAAGGCUAUGAAGAUACUUCAGGCCUCAGUGUCCCAAUUAUUGUGAGAAAUUAGUUUUCUGACAGUUGUAGGAAGAGGAGCUGCCGCCAUCCUGAGAACUCCACAUGCAGUGCCUCUCCCACACACACACACAGUCACCAGUUGAGAGCUCCUCAGGAAGCAUGGUCAAGGGUCCUCCGGGUAGCAUCAGCCUGUUAGGAUGAAGAGCAAAUGUCCGUGUGUGACACUGUGGUCCUGUUGGAAGUAGUGCAGAGACAGUACCCAUAGUGCAUGUGCUUCACGCCAGCAACUCUCCCUCCGUUACCUCACUUCCUCACAGCAUCCACAGGAGACAGCUCCCACCAUCAAUGGGGAUGAUAAUUUGGGACAAUGGUAUGGUCAGUGGCUCGCUGGAAGUGGCACUGCCUUUUAGCAGUAAGGGCAGAGGCUGUCCUGUCUCUCCAUAUGCUGUGGGGUAACCUGGCUAGUAAGGGUGCUCUGUGUCGUUAUUGGCAUGUGGGAAGAGAUGAAUGAUGAGCACCAGCUUACUUGUUGGGAGACCAGUGCGCAGUGCCCGCAGCACUAGCUGUGACUAGGCUUGCCUUUUGUGGUGAACCAGUACUCCUUGACAGGGUGCGGACUCUUGAGUUAGAGGCUGUCUGAAGUAGAAGGGCGGGUAGCAGUGAAAACCUCAGAUGUGAAGAGGCAAGGCAGGCCACUCUCCACAACCAUGAGGUUUCCCUGUGAGAGCCCCAGGCUGAACUACACAGCCUACAGAGAACUCUCUAGUUUUAGUCUGAGGCACAGAGGAACCCAGGACACUAAGUACCUCCCUCCCUGGGGCUGUCUGCCAAUGGCGAGUCAGUGUAAACUUGGAAUUGCCACAGCACACAGCCCGCAGGGGAGGUGCUAGGAGCUGUGCUGUGGGCAUGCAUGCUUGAGGCCACAAGCAUUUUGUGGAAAGUGCUUUGUAGUUUGUUCUCAGGCUGUGCUGUGAGGGCCGCCUUAACCCUUGCCCCUUCCCUUCUAGAGCUGCCUUAAGUUCCCCAGAACUUGUCCUCAGUGAGGGUUAUCUUGCCGUGUUUCUCAAGGUUUUGUAAGGAUUUGAAUUGGGUGUGGCUUCCCACCACCACGUAUUCCUUUCUCCCCUUUCUGCAUAUCCUGCUACCUAUGUGCAACCAUUUCCAACCAGAGGUUAGAAUUUAUAAAGCAACCAAUGAAAUGUUAGCUUUAGGAAUAUUUCUGGGUUAGUGCAAGUCCCUGAACAGUAAGCAAAUUAGCAUGCAUGGAACCCGGCCAGAAGUUGGUGUAUUUGUGGGUGGCUUGCCUUUCACUAACCCUUUCUAAUAAAGGCAAAAAUACAACUCUAAAAACUUUGUGUGGUGCCCUACUGUACAAGGCUGAGUAAAAACAAGAAAGUAGCUGUAUUAAGUUCUAAUCCACCAUAGCAUAGUACCUAAAUUAACUUUAGAGUUUAGUCAAUUUCUCAAUAGGUCAAAAAGCAAAAGAUGCCAUGUCAAACAUCUCCCAAAUGCAUUUUAUACAUUUUUAUUUUAUAAUUUGGUCUCCUAAAAAUGUUUGUUAGCUUAACUUAGUGGGUAGAACUACACUCAUAACAUAUCUAAAAGCAACAAACAUUUCCUCGGCAGUGCUAUUGUUUGCAAUAGUUGGGGAAGUUUUGGGUUUGUUUUUAAAGGUUGAAAUUUCCGUGUACAAUUUAAUGCUUGCAAAGUUAAUAACCCCAAUGCGUUUUCCAGAGUCAGUAGUUUCAAAUAACUUAUUGUCUCUAUGUAUAAUAAAAUCUUAGCUCUCUAAGUCAUGUGAGCCAUUAUUUUUUUCCCACAAAAGGUGAUUUCUCCUUUAAGUGUAGAUCUGUGUUGUGAUUUAUGAUCCAGAAUUGUGUUCUUUUGUGGAUUCUGAAGUAAAUGAUUUUCUUGUGUUUGGGAAAGUCUCAAUUGUUCCAGCAGUAUUGUACAGAUGAGCUCAUGGCGUUUAACCCAUUGUGGUUUUAUUUCAACUGUUCAUCACUUACCAUGAAAUGGACCUGCCUUUGGAAUACAGUAAAUGGUUGCAGUUUUCUAAUCUUUUUCUUCCUUGGAUCUGGAGAAAGAAUUUCCUUGAUCUGCACAGUUGAUCUCUGCAAAGUGGUUAGUCGGGGAAGCAGAAAUGCAUGCUGACAGGUGAGAGGCGUUACCAAGCCUCGCUGGAUCUAAACUGAACCCACUCCAGAGUAUCGCACAGGAAAUCUUCUCGAAUGUCAAGAAUUCACCUCAUAUCAACAAAAGCCUUGGAAACACGAGUUUUUCACUGGGUAUUACCUAAUGCUAAAAGGAAAGCCAAAACAAUAUCAGAAUGACAUUUUAUGCUCUAAAUUUAUAGCUGUCUACUGUGCUUAGUGUGUCUGUCAUUAGUGCUGUAUUCUCCUAGCUAUUAUAGAAAAUUGUUGAAAUAAAGAUAAGGAUAUAAAGAAA